ACGGAGUCAGAGCCAGACACACUGGUCCUGCCUGUGCUCAACAUCCCAAGAACACUCUUCAGACUAAGACUAGAGAUCCUCUACCUGCUAGAAAAGCACAACAUCGUCCCAGAGGACCUCAUCUUCGUGGAUGAGCUGGAUCUGCAGGCCUUGACCCAGGCCGAGGACGUGGCCCUGUCCGUGACGCUGGUGGAUCAUCACGUACCCAGCAAAAGCCAGGAGUGCUUGAGGGAUUUUAUUGUGGAGGUUCUGGACCACAGGCCUCUGGCUGGAGUGUUACCAGAAAGUUGGAAUGCAGAGAUUGAGCGUGUCGGCUCCUGUUGCACCUUGGUGGCCAGGAAAAUGUUGGCAUCAGAGGCUUUCAGCUUGGACUCAGUUUUGGCUGAAUUACUUUUGGGGACCAUCCUGAUGGACACAGGCAACAUGUCAGCCAUGGACAAAGUGGGCACCCCGGCAGACCUUGAAGUGAUCUCCCAGCUCAAGGCCUAUGUGACACCAGGGACAGCAGAUGUCAUCUAUGAAGGAAUCAGGAAUGCCAAGGCUGACUUGUCUUCACUGACAGUGUUGGAGAUGCUGUACAAGGAUCUGAAAGUCCUGCACGGGACUCACAUCACCGUAGCUAUGUCAUCACUGACUGCAAAACUGGAGGACGUCAUGUCGCGGCCAGAGUUCGAGGACGAUUGUGCAGCGUUCUGUUCUGCCUGCCAUGCAGAUGUUUUGAUUAUUAUGACACUGUGGAAGGAUGCAGGUGGCUUGUCCCAUCGCAGGAUUGCUGUCUUCUCUCAGAACAGGAUUUACAGGGAGCAGAUAACUGACGUCCUUUUGAGUUCGGUGUCACCUAACCUUGAACUUGAACCCAUGAACUCCUUCAGCCACAUGGACAAUAUUUCAGCAUUUUUCCAAAACAACGUCCAAGUUUUUCGUAAAGGUGUUGUUCCGCUUAUUCAGGAAUUCCUGGCAGGGGAGGAAUCCACGCCAGAUGAGAAUCUCAAUGCUGUGGAUAACUUAGCCCAGCAGUAUCCGGAUUCACCCCUCGGAUCGGAUUUACUGAGUGAAUUAGCCGAUGCUUCUGAGGAGGAAGUGAGGAAGCAUAUCAAUUUGGCCAAAGCUUUUCAAAGUGAUCAGUUUAGAACAUCACAGGAUCGUUAUGAUUUAGCGGCCAUUGGGACUGAUCCGGUCAUUUCUGCAAGUCUGAGUAGCGACAGUGAGUUCAGUCUUAGUGACAAAAAGAAAGAGAAUGACGAUGAUGAUAAUGAUACUGAUGAUGAUGAGAUUGAGAAUAGAGUAGUGAAAGAUACGAGUUAUGAGUUCAUCAGUGGUGCUAAAAUGUCCAAAGAUUUUUUUGUUAAUGAUAAAAGCGGUGCUGGAGAUGGGGCUGAUGUAGAUGCCUUAGGAGAUAACAAAGCUGCUGUGUUGGAAGGCGAAGGUCGGUUUGUGAAUGAUUUGAUAGAUUUUGAGUUUAAUGGUAAAGAUAACGAAGACAUUGCUGUUGAAGUUUUGCCAUCAGCUGAGGUAAAUAGUGAUUUUACGCAUCCGGCUGAUGGUCAUGAGCGGGAAAUUUUGAGCAACAGUUUGGAUGCUCCAUUCAGUGUUGAGCCUCAAGAGGUUGAACAGGGUUCAUUUUCUGACUUUGAUGUGAAGGUUUCAGACUCUAGAGAUGACACCAUGGGGGAUCUUUUCAGCAUAAGCAGUGACAAUGUGGAUGUGGAUUCCACUACGAUAGAUGCCAAGAAUGAGAACAAUUUCGAUUAUGCAUUCCAGGAACAUAGCCCUUUUAAUGUUUUUGCUCCUGACAACGUUGACAGCCCUGUGGAUGUCUCCUCCUUGCCGGCUUCAAACCAGACCUCUGGGCAGGGGUCAAAAGUCCCCAGCUAUCCAGAGACCCCACCUAACAGUUGCAUGGAACCUUCUAACGCAGUCUUCAAUAAGGAGACACAGCUGCCUAGUUUCAACAGUUCUGAGAUGGUGAAGAGAAUCCAUGAGAAAAAGGCAGCUCUUGCCGGGCUUAGUGGCAAACAGAAGAUGGGCCUGUUUGAUGACGAGGGUCCCUUGGAAGGGCUUCUUCUUGGCGGUGAGAACAGCAGUGGUGGAGGGGGUUCAUUGAUCUCCCCAGCAGUGCCACAAAAUAGUUAUGUAGAUAUCUCCAAAGGGUUUGACUUCGAGUCUUCUGAUAGCCAGUUGCCAAAACUGAUGGACUCUGAUAUUCUGGAACGGGUUAACGAGAAAAGGUCUCAGUUUGAAUGGUCUCUUGAGUCAUUGGAUGGAUCCACCAGUGGGGUUGAUAUAGGGCCUGUUUCUGAGGAAGGGGAAAAGUCACCUUUCGUAACAGGCGCAACUCAAAACAUCACAAUUAGUGGAGGGAUAGAGCCACAGGUGCCAUAUACACCCCAGAACAGCUACGUGGAGGAAAAUUUUGACUCGUAUGCCAGGACCAACCUGCCAAGUCUGAACAAUGCUGAAAUUGUGGCCAAAAUAAAGGCCAAACAGUCAGCCAUGUUUGGCAGUCAUGGUUCCAGCAGGGUCAGUCGGAGCAGCCAUGGGAGUGAUGACAGUGGCGGCUGUCACAGCCCAGAUGUUGUUGAGAAAAGUCCUCGGGGCACCAGUCUCGACAGUCCACAAGCACCAUAUACACCUCAGAACAGUUACCGUGAUCUUGGUGUUCUUGAAACCAGAAACCAUCUUCCUGACCUCAAUGAGGUAGCAGAAAGACUUUCCACAGAAAACCCUUUGAAACGCCAGUUUGGCAAAAGAAGUGGUAGCAACAGCGGAGGUGGCAGUAGGGAUGAAGAAAACGUCAACUUAAACAUUCAUCAACAUAAUCUUCGUCACCAUGGAAGAAAUUCUAGCAGCCAGUCAGACAGCCAGAACACUAUGUCUGAUGUUGAGUCCUUAAUGAGUGUCAGUACUGACAUUGGGACUCCGUCGGACAAUAUUGUCACUAGCGGCUUAGCCAAUCAGAUGAGGGGAGAGAUAGCAGUACUUAGUAGGAAGGACACAGAUGAUUCAGAUGUGUUUUCACCUAGGAGACCAGAUGAAGAUGCUCAAGACGUUGCAACACCAAGGGUAUCCAGCAUUGAUCUUACAUAUGACGGUACAGCCAGUAAUAAUAAUGCUGCUAGAACUGUUCCCAAUGGGAUUGAUACAGAUGCAUCUGAUGGUAUUGUCAGAAGUGAAAGUGGAGGAGUAAAAGAACUGUUUUCUCCUUAUGACAGUGAGAAGGUGCAGAGCAUUGAAGAUCAUGCUUUGUUUCAAGUUGCUGAGAGUAUUGUGGCUCAGAGUGUGGCCGCUGCUGUUGAGUUCAGUCAGAAGGAAACGCAGGAAGGGCAGGGAAGAAAAGAAAGUAGAUUAAGGUGGAAUGAUGAUGUUGAGCUAAGUAACAGUGUUAAAGAAAAGGAUGUACGUCGUAGUCCGCAAAUGUUUGUUGAUGAUUAUGAGGAUGAUGAGGAUGAUAAUGAUGGAAGUGACAUUGAGGAUGACACUGUUGGAGAUAUUUCUGAAAAUUUUCCGGAGAAUGACUUGGACAAAACAGGCAAUCAGAAUGGGAGUAUUGAAAAUAUAAAUGAAGAGAAUGCUGCCGAAGGCCUGGCUACGGGGUCAUUUGAAGACCAUUGUUUUGAUUCUGACUUUCAAAGUCAUUCAGUGCAGGAGCAGUCAUACAAUCAGGUUAAUCAAGCAGAAGCAAAGGACAACAAGUCAGAACAGUAUGCUGAUGAAGACCAUCAGUCUUUGGGGUCGGAUGUCUUGGACAGUACAGAACAGAUAAACAAAUCCAAAUUACCUGUAGUUUCACAGAGCAUCACUGACUUGACUCUCAAUGAACUGGCUUACGAAUUAGCCAAUGAGUUGAUUCAGAGUGUGCUGGAUGACUUCCCCUUUAGUGAAUAUUUAGCCACCAUUCAUGCAGAAGCUUCACCCAGAGAUUUCAGACAAGAAGUAGUCAAGGAUGGCAAGCCGAAUAUCCUAAGCCACAGAGCUCCAUGGAUUCCUGACUCCUCAGAGAUUGACACAUCUGCAAACAAUGAUGCUGAUUUUUGGGCAGUUGAAGAUGAAGCUAACACUUAUGAAAAUGACAAUACUGCAGACUUCAGUGUUAAAGAUUCUAGAACAAUCCUUGAAUCUAAAAUAUCUCAAGAGUCUUCACAAGAGGCAUAUUCAGCAUCCUCAGCUUCUGAAAGAAAACGAUUAAAAGAUGCAGAUCCUUCUUUGGUUAUCCUGGAGAAUGAAAUGCUGACCACUUUUCCAGAAAGAAAGAUAUCCUCAGAAUUCUCAGGGCUAGAAGAGGAUGAUGAUGAAGACAUCAUCGAGUCAUUUCCAGGGCGGAAGUUUUCCAAAUCAGAAGACUACCCAAGUCGGAGAUUUUCCAGGGAUGAGAACUCUUCAAGGCGGUCUUCUCGUUUUGACGACUCAGAGCUAGAAGUUAACAUCGGCCCUGAAGACAUUGAGACUGGUUAUCUGCCAAAUGUGGACCCUUUUCAGGGAAAUCUGGAUAUUUUUGAAACUUCUUUCAGCAAGAUCACAGAUGCAGACAGGGAAGUUGCGGAAGAGGAAAGCUUUAGAAGAGCUAGCGGUGGAGGCAUUUCAGUUGAUGAGGAAGAAGAGGAGACAGAAGAUGGAAUUAGUAAUAAUGAAGAAGAGAGUAGUCAAAAAAUAGAUGAUGUGGAAAGUGUAGUUGGUGUUGAAGAUGAUUAUGUCGGUGUGGAGCAGAUUAGCUUCAGUGGCGGAGACGUUGCGAGUGAAGAAAAGCAACAAGAGGAUAUAACUGAUGGUAAUGAUGAAGGGAGUAGUCAAAACAUGGAUGAUGAGGAAAGUAAUAGUGUUGAUGGUGCGGUUUACAGCGAGGAGUGGCAGGAUGAUGAGAUUUUACAGGUGGCUGAACAGUCAGGGCUAGCUGAGCAUGAUGACCCCACGAGGAAGAAGAUUGUCCCAGCCUCUGACUUUGUGGAGGGGGCAGCAGCGGACAAUGAUGCCGAGGAAGUUGAAGAUCAGGAGGUCAAGAAGGAAGAAGAUGAAGAAAGCGAUGCUGGGGACCUAGAGUGGGAAAAUGACACUCCAGUGAAGAUACCUAGUCGUCCGGGCAUCCAGCCGACCCUCACAGAAGAGGAGCCAUCCGCAGAGGGACAGAGGUGGAAACGGGUCUCAGUCUCUGGGUCAGACUUCGACAUCGACCUGCAGGUGGUGGAACCUUUCAAGAAUGUCUUGUCCCACGGAGGCUACUAUGACGAGGGCCUCAGUGCCAUUAUUGUGUUUUAUGGCUGCAACCUACCCAGCCGCAGCAGGGAAAACUAUGCCUACAUCAUGGACCAUCUGUUUCACUACGUCAUCCACACACUUGAAGAGCUGGUGGCAGACGACUAUGUCAUCAUCUACUUCCAUGGUUCCACACCACGCAGACAGAUGCCCAGUCUCGCCUGGCUGAAGAGAUGUUACCAAUCUAUAGAUAGAAGGUUGAAGAAGAACCUGAAAGGCUUGUUCCUGGUCCAUCCCACGCUGUGGCUGAGAACUAUUGUUAUGAUGACAAAACCAUUCAUUAGCACCAAGUUUACAUCAAAGUUGAGAUUUGUCCGCACGCUAGAGGAGCUCAAUGCCCUUGUGCCCUUGACUAAUGUUACAAUUCCAGAAGCCAUUGUUCACUACGACAUUCACCACCAGCACCUGCCCUCACCUCCCCCAUCCCCCUCCCACGCUGCAUCUUUGGAUUAA